AUGACCCCUGGAACAACAACGCCUAAUCCCCAACUCUCCCAACUCUCAACUUUUAUGAAAGCCGAGCCCAAAGCAUUAGGGACUGUCCAGAUCAUGAUUGGAGUUUUCACUCUUUUGUUUGGUAUUAUCAUUGUAUCCAUGGUUGUUUUUACACCGGCAGUUAUCAGUGGAAUCACUCUGUGGGGAUCAUUUCUCUUUAUAACUUCUGGUGCUCUGUCAGUUGCUGCAGCGAACAACACUAAUUCCUGUGUGGUAAAAGCUGCACUGGGAAUGAAUGUGGUCAGUGCUGUGACUGCAGGUCUUGCCCUCAUUCUGUUUGCAGUGGACAUGAUACUUGGGUCAAUGUUCAGUUACGAGUGUCACCGCUCUAACUACGACAGCCGCUACCAGUGUAUUUCUGCCACAUAUCUGUGGACUGGAAUCUAUGGAGUGCUGUUUUUUUUCUCUCUGCUUGAGUUGAUCAUUUCUAUCCGCACAUCUUGUUUUGCCUGUAAAGCCACCAAAUACACUGAGACCACAGUGGAGUGUGGUGGAGAUGGCGCCGUCCGUCGAACGACGAUACGCAAACUGCAAUGGGUCCAGUGA